AUGAAGAAGUUAACGUUCAUCGGCUAUUCGGAGGAGAAUAAAGGCUACCGGUUCGUGGAUACAGAUACGGAUAUGGUGACGAUAAGCCGAGAAGCAAAGUUUUUGGAGCUACAGGAUCCGAAGCGUUCAACUCAGGAGAAGGUGGCCGAAGGUGGAUCAGCAGGUAGCGAAGUCGAGUGGUAUUCGGAGGCAGGCCCUUUCAGAGCCGAGGAGUUCGGAGAAGGAUCCGAAUGCGACAGAAGCGAAGAAGAAGACUAUUUUGACAUGGACGAUGCAGGUGCAGAUACAGACCCGCUAGAAAUGAAGGAAGAAAAUCGGAUCGCCAGCCCGCAAGAACGUCCUGGAGAGGCGCAACGAUCCAGGAGGAGUAAUCGGGAAGUUCCACCCGGUCAUUAG